CGGGGGGUAGGAGCCGUCGGGGCAGGGGAAGGGCUCAGCCUCCCUGCCCUGGCUUUGUGCAGCCUGCAGUAGGUCUUCUCCUAAAGGUCUUGCCGCCUGGGUGGAAUUUUACUAAUACCGCAGUAGACGACUUCCUAAGCUUCACCUUUCUCACGUAUAUCUGCAAUACCGAUUGCCUGUAGUUGUUUUUCUGGAGAGUCGGUUCUUGUUUUCCUUUGAGGUUUUCCAAUUUUUACAGACAAGCAUACUGCAGGGGUCACUACUGUGUUUUGGGGUUGUUUGUUUGUUUUUUUCCCUCAUCAGCCUGUAAUUUUUUAACUCCUUGCAGCAUGAGAAGGAGUUGUGGAGGUGAUAAGCAGUUUAAAUUUUUCACCUUCACCGGAGGUGGCAUAAACAAAAUAUAAUUAAAGAGAAUGUAACAAUUUUGAGCACAAAAUUGCAGUGUUUUUCCUUGAAUAUGGCCUUUUUUUGUUUUUUUCAGAUUCACUAUAAUAAGCUUGAACAUUGUGUUUCUAUUUCAAGGUAGAUUAGGUUAGAAAAAUUUGGUCUCCAGGAAGCUAAAAACGCUACAUGGAAAUGAAUGCUGAAAGAUAGGGAUUAAAGAAUAGAAUCGUACCGCCCCCAGUGUUAUCUCUUCAUUGAUAUCUUCAUGUCAUUCUUACAACUGUUAACGUUUUUAGGGAGGGAGUGUUACUUGUGACUUGCUCAAGGUGGAUUUCUGUGUGUUAGUUCUUCUAUAAAAACUCGAUUUAAUUGCUAUUGAGCAAAUCAGACAGAAAACCAGUUAAGGUGGUAGGUUAACUUGAGUAAAGUUUGGAUAACCUGCGUUGUAUGUCCAGCCAGAAUGAGUUGAAAUAUUAAAACCUUUAUAGCAGAGUCUUUUUGAAACAUAAUUGUGCAAGGAUAGGAUAGGACAACAAUCGCUAUCCCUCCUGCUUUCCUAUUUUAUCUUUUCCAUACUUUUAUUAAAAAAAUAUAUAUAAAUAUAUAUAUGUAUAUCUACACAGGCAGUCUUCACCAAGGCUUAAAAUGAGUUUUGUCUGAACCUUUUAAAGUUGUAAAUAGGUGUCUGUAAAAUUAAGAGAGAAAACCAUAGUGUAUCAAGGCUGCUGUUUCAGACUAGAUCAGGGAGUGGCUUUUCUAAUGCUAUUGGUAGAUAUUUUUUGCUUACUUAAGGCUUAUAUUUUACAAGGUCAGUGGCUUUUCUGCUUUUUCAAGCUGGAAGCGCUGAAGUCUCUGCUGAGUAGAAACAGUAUUUGGAUAAAUAAUCUCGGAUAUGGCUUUACAACUGUCUCUUAAGCUGUUCCAAGUCCAUGCUGCCAACGGGAAUUGUGCUCCUGAAAAUGUGUUCCUGCUUUCUGCCUUCUACUCAUGUUUGUAUAAGCCAGUCAGAUCUGGGAAUUAAAUCAGCUGAAAUUUCUUUUCUGAUUCUGUUUCCAGCUGCAUGGCUUUGCAGGCUCGACUUGAUUGUGUAGCCACGAGUCCUUAUGGCAGCAUUGGGGAUGAAGAAGAAAUAAAAAAAUAAAAAAGAAAAAAAAUCCCCACUCAAUCACAGUUUAUACUCCAUAGUGGGAUUAAACUCGGGAAACUCUUUAACUGAAGAGACUAUAAGUUAUUAGAUGCUAUUAAUACUUCAAAUACUGGGAUACACUUCAGAUACCAUCAGUAUGCUGUAAUAAUUGCCACGUUUCUCCAAGUCAUUUUUAGUUUGUUUUCAUUCAUUGAAAUUGUGCUUGCUGAAGUGCAUGUGAUUCAGGCAUGGAAGGGUUGGAACGAAGAGUAGUUAAAGGAAAAAUACAGUGAGUCUCAUUCUGUGAAUUAAUUAAGACUGGUGGUGAUUACUUGGUAUGUGUCUUUUAAUAUGAUAGUCAGGUCUUUUUGUUUGGUUUUUUUUUUUUUUAAUCAGAGUAACUUGAAUGGUGUAAAUGCUCAAUUUCUAGAUGUAGUUAGAAGGUACUUAACACAUAAAUUUAAUAAAAUCAGCAUUUCUUUAGGUUGAGGAAGAAGGUCUAAGGAAGUGGUUUGAGAAGGCUAGAAACAAUCUGAUAGCUUGAUGCCACCAAAAGGCUAAGUUGUUCCUUGGGUUUCUCCUUCAUCAGCUGCUGUUGGUCUGACUUCUUGGGCUGAUCUGUCAGAAGAUCCUUCGCUUUUUGCUGCUGGAUUAGUCUCCUGCCAGCUUGGUGGCUUCCCAGUACCCCCAGCAGUGAUCCAGUUUGGAGGGGAGAGGCAAAAGCUGUCACUUUUCUGGUGGGGAGAUUGCUAGAUUCAGUGGUAGGGAGGUGGAAGAAGGUGAAGUGAGCACAGUUACACCUUGAGUAAGUCUUAUGGUAGAACUGAUAAUGUGUAACGUGGGGCUGCACCUUUCUUUAAGAAACAAGUGGAAAUAACAUAAUUUUAUAGGAAUUUAGGAUUUAAAAAAAUACUUAUAGUAAUACUUAUGAUUUUAUUUGCCUGUAUCUCACCAUCAUUAAGUAACUGAAAUCUGUAACUUGAAUUCCUGUGAGGAAAACCUGGAUCUCAGACGUGCAAGGAACACAUGGUCCUCACGUACCUUAACGGCCACUUCUGGCCAUGGAAACCUUUUCUGUCACUGCUCCUGGGACAUUCCCUGCCUGUCUUAUGAAUGCAUCUUUAUGAGCUUGCUUAGAGGUGUUAAAAAUGUCAUCCCUACAGUAUUACACAUUUUUAAUACGCUUCAAGUAUGGAAAGAGUAAUUUGGAACACACACAUAUACAACACCCCCCAAGCCUGGACUUCAGGGCUUCCACCUGAAUUCCAGUAAUGCCCAGUGAAGGGGAAGAACUGGUAGUAAUGGUCAAAGGAUCUGGUGGGUUUUAAAAUCUACACUUCAGAAAUUCAAGGUUAAAUAACCAAAAAAAAAUAUGGUUAUUUAAUUGUGAACACCAGUCUUGAUCUGCUUACCAGCAGUGUUUGAAUAUAGGGAGGGUAAAGAAGUUUGGUUUUUCUUCUCUUUUCUUCCAUGUGUCAUGACAGGAGCAUUUUGGCAUUUUUUUUUUUAAACAACUUAAAAGUCACUAAGAGAAAGAGCAAAAAUUAGAAAUGAAGAGCUACAAAAUGAGGUAGUAGAAACCCUGCAAUUUCAGUGGGAGAGGCUUGUUUGAACCUUCCAUGGGUGUAAACUGGUUUUAGAGUGCUGUAGGCUGCUGGUGUUUGAAAUUUUGGGCAGGGAGGAUUUCCUGGGGCUUGGGAGAGGGAAACAGCUUGGAAAUUUUAAAGGUUAUUACUAGUCUUAGUAAUAUCCGGAGCAGGUGAGGUGCAAGGAAUUCCUUUGAGGCUGGAAGUAAUAAAGAAGUAGCAUAAUUGUGUAAAAUGUAGUAGAUGGAUGAUCUGGAAACGAAAAUGUGGAUGUUCAGAAACUGGAGAAUCUUGUGAAAAGUCCAAAGGAGCUGAAUGAAUGUAAGCCAGCUGUUUAAUUCUCUCUUUUAGAUACAGGUGUAUUUCUUCUCAGACCCUAGGUGUCCUAGAUGUGUCAAAUAGCUGAAGACUUCAGUCAUUCGCUUAUGCUAAUAUAAUUUCUCUACUGAUUUCUUCCAAGCUUAUUGACUUCUAAAAACUAAAAAAGGGGGGUGGGGUGUGUUUAUGGGCAAGAUCCUCCCUGCUGCUCCCCUCCGGUCGUGCCUUUCUUGUGUCCUUCUCACCUGUACUUGGACCUGGCUCCUUCUGUCUUCCCUGGGUUCUGCCAAGAGGGUUACAUUUUGUGAACAUGAGUCUUUUUUUCCCCAAAUGAAGAACCGUCUUAAUUUUUAUUUUUAGCCCUUCUUCAAUCUUGCUUUGUCUAACUCUUUUUAUUAAAGAGAGUUGAAGACUUUUUGGCUAAAUUAAUACAUUAACUCAGAACUCACCUCUGUGGAUUGUUUUCUUUUGAAGGUAAUAAAUGUGUUUAGGUUAAAUUUGUUAUUUGUAAUUUAAAUUAGUUCUUAAUCUUUGCCCUGCCCUUUGCAGGGUUAAUACAUGAGGUGGUGGAAGUUUAGGACACCACCUUAAACAUUUUGAUGGAGGAGAAUACGGCCUUGAUUCUGUUGGGUUUGGUAUUAAUUGAAAAUCUGACUUUAUCCUGCAAGUCGUGUCCCACCUCGUCCCCGCAGUAUCGUACGGGAGGCAAUUGUCAAUGGUUACAAUUUUGUUUUAAAGUUGUAGGGAAGUGGUUUAAACAUGAUUAAAUUUUGGGUUAGUAAAUGAAUUUCUCCAUGCCCAUUGAGUGUUCAGCUUUAAGAGAUUUACAAAGAUAAAACAAGUGAUUUUUUGAGCCAAAUCCAGUAUUCCAGUGUGGUUGGUGAGCAUUCUCGGUCAGAAUUGACACCAAAUUUAAAUUGUUUAUUUUUAGGAAAAAAUACGAUUCUGCUGCUGAAUUUUAUAUCAUCUUUAAUAUCUUGAAAUAAAAAAACACCUUCUAGUGUGUUCAAACCCAGUGUUUAAGCUGUGUGACUGAAGUUAGGCAUUAUACUGAUUAAAAAUAAAGUCUAAAAUGCUAAUUAGGUUAUGUCAUUACUGAAAAAGAUGACAAAUAAGAGAGUAGAUGGGGUGUUACUCCAGAGCAGCAUUGGAGUGGGUUCCUCCGAAUCGCGGUGCCGGUGGAAAAUAGUGAUUUGCUUGGAAGCAAUACGUAACAGCACUCGUGCGGACAGAGCAGGGGGGGAGUCUGCUCCUAAACCUUCCACCUAGACCUUCUAAAUGGCAAGAAAUGUCCCCAAAAUUACCAUAAUUAUAAGUCAUGGAAAGACCCACCACGCUUCGCCUUCCGCGUGCAGAAGGCACAUCCCUUGGUCGUCUCCGGCGCAGCAGGGACCUUGCUUAAAGUCUCUUCUUGUUGAUUUUUAUCUAAGUAUGUGGCUGACAGUGCAAAGUAUUCUGAGUUUCCUAAUGCUAGAGUUCGUUAGUAGAUGUUCAGCUGAUCCACUGCGCGUUUGCUAUUAAAUACAGGCAUAAAUAGCUAAUUCAGUUGCUUAGUACUAAGUUAAACUGAAUUGACUGAAUCUGUUUAUAAAAUAGCAGGGCAUUUGGUAGAUUCAAUUCUUGAACUGCAUAUAUAGUAAAAGUCCACAAAACAUUUUUUUUUUUCUAGUUUCAGUUUUGGCACUAGAUUUUAUCCUGGAGUUUUUAAAUAUUCUUCAUCCUGUUCUUUUUCUAUUAAGGUUAAUGUUGAAGAAGGAAAAUGCGGAAGUCGCCAUUUGACAAGUUUUAUAAAUGAGAAUUAUUUGAAGCUCAGGAAUAAGUGAAGCUGAAAUUUGAAAAAAAAGAAAGUGAAUGCAUGCUAAUUAUCAGACCAGAAGUCCCACUUGUAGAAUAUUGAGCAAUUUGUGUGAAGUGGGGAAGAUGAAAGAAGUCAGAAUUUGAAACGGAAGAAUGAAGAAAAGGAAUAAAAAUGAAGUUAAGAUAAGAAGUAAUCUGGAAUCUGAAAGCACUACGCUAAGUAAUUACUAGUCUGUUUAUGUGUCCCUGUAUAUUUUGCUAAACAUGCAUGCAUUAUCUGUUUCAUAGCAAAAGUAUAUGCAGGGUAAAGAAGUGUCUACCAGGGAAAAAAAAAAAAAUAAAAAUAAAUAAAUAAAAAAAAAAACCUUCUUAAAAAUCUCGGCAGUUCUAAUGCCAACUGCCCGGACACAUAGAUAUGAAUUUUUACCAUUUAUUUCACUGGAGCUUGUUUACGGACCUUUAGGUAAAGGAGAAAUUGUGUACAAAUUAGGCUUUCGAUAUCUGCGUGCAGGAAUCCCGUUCUGCUUCCAGAAGCGGAAGUGCUCAUGGGUCUGGCAAGUCGGGGAGGCACACCCCUGCGAGGUCUCGCUCUAAGGAGGAUUCCAGGCGCUCCAGGUCAAAAUCUAGAUCCAGGUCUGAAUCCAGAUCUAGAUCAAGGAGGAGUUCCCGUAGACACUACACGAGGUCACGCUCCCGUUCCCGCUCCCACAGGAGAUCCAGAAGUAGGUCCUACAGUCGGGAUUAUCGCCGCCGACACAGCCACAGCCACUCACCCAUGUCUACCCGCAGGCGUCACAUCGGAAACAGGGCAAAUCCUGACCCAAAUUGUUGUCUGGGCGUGUUUGGAUUGAGUCUGUACACCACAGAAAGAGAUCUGAGAGAAGUUUUCUCCAAAUAUGGUCCAAUUGCUGAUGUUUCCAUUGUAUACGAUCAGCAGUCUCGGCGUUCCAGAGGAUUUGCCUUCGUGUACUUCGAAAAUGUUGAGGAUGCUAAGGAAGCAAAGGAACGUGCCAAUGGAAUGGAGCUGGACGGAAGAAGGAUCCGGGUAGACUUCUCCAUAACAAAAAGACCUCACACACCUACCCCUGGAAUCUAUAUGGGAAGACCCACUUAUGGCAGCUCACGACGACGAGAUUACUACGACAGAGGGUACGACAGAGGGUAUGAUGAUCGUGACUAUUACAGCAGAUCGUACAGAGGAGGCGGCGGCGGAGGAGGAGGAGGAUGGAGAGCUGUUCAGGACAGGGAUCAGUUUUACAGGAGACGAUCACCAUCCCCCUACUACAGCCGUGGGGGCUACAGGUCACGGUCCAGAUCCCGGUCCUAUUCACCUCGUCGCUAUUAAAGCAUGACACGUAGAGGAAUUCCUAGCUACAGCCUUUGAGUUGAAACUGCAAGUUUGUGGACAAUAUUUUUAUUGUCUCUUCUGUUUAAACAAGUGACCAGUGCCUAGUGAAUAGGUGACUUUUACACCUUUUAUGAAGACUACUUCUGUGAUGUUCGAUGCUGUUUCAUUCUGCAUAUUUGUGUAGUUUGGUGCUUUGUUUCAAGUUGUGUUUUGAAAGGAGUAUGUUUUGCAUGUAUUUUUUUAGUCUCAAUUUUGACUCCUGAAAGGUUUCUAUUGUAAAGACAAACUGUUCAGUUAGUUUUUUCUACUGAUUCCAAGGUAUUCUGAAGAUCAAAACCUGUGUAAAAUGCUUUCAAAAAGUAAAAAAAAAAAAAAUAAAAAGAUG